AAGGGGGAACCGGAAGUCAUAGUGUUGACGUUUCGAGCUCUACUAGCGCGAAGCUACAAAAACUCUCACUUGCCAGUGUUGUGUGCCUUCUCUAAAGCCCUUUGCCAUUAAGAAGACAUGAAGAAAAGAUUUAACAUUAACCUAGACGACACUGCUUUCACCAGAGAAAGAACACCGCCAAAGCCGCAGUUUCAGUCUUUAUUCAAAAGUGGACAAAGCGCUUCAUCAUCAUCAUCAUCAUCAGGAAACCCUGCUCCUGAACCUGCGGAUAAGCCCCUGUCAUACGCAGACUAUAUCGUCCAGAGUAAACGUGAUGUCGCUGCUCCAUCCAGAGAGCCCAGGGCUGAAGGUGCUGAUGCUCCUCUAAAACUAAAGGAGUUGGAGCCAGGAGGCUGUGCUAAGGUGACAGAAAGCAGACCUGUUAAAGAGACACAGGAGGCUGGGACAGACCAAAAAGAAGGGAACCAGCCCGGGUCAGACCCAGGCCUCAGCACUGGUCCAAAACCAGUGGGGUCUGGUAGCAGCAUCAUCGUCAGUCCUCGACAGAGGGGAAAUCCGAUUCUGAAGUUUGUGAGGAGUGUCCCAUGGGAGUUUGGAGAAGUGGUACCAGACUACGUUUUAGGCUUGACAACUUGUGCUCUUUUCCUCAGUCUGAGGUAUCAUAACCUCAAUCCAAACUACAUCCAUGAACGUCUCAAACAGCUUGGGCAGACUUACACACUGCGAGUCUUACUGGUCCAAGUAGAUGUGAAAGAUCCUCAUCAUGCACUGAAGGAGCUGGCUCGCAUCUGCGUCAUGGCUGACUGCACGCUCAUCCUGGCAUGGAGCCCAGAAGAGGCAGGACGCUACCUGGAAACGUACAAAUCAUAUGAAAAGAAACCAGCAGAUCUACUGAAGGAGCAGGUUGAAAAGGACUAUCUGUCUAAGGUAACAGAUUGCCUGACCACUGUGAAGUCUGUAAACAAGACUGAUGCCAUUACCUUGCUGUCCACGUUCUCAUCCGUGGACAGAAUCAUCAGUGCAUCUAAAGAAGACCUGGUUCUCUGUCCAGGCCUUGGGCCACAAAAAGCCAGGCGGCUCUAUGACGUGCUGCACAAGCCCUUCCUUAAAUCCAAAACAAAAGACGGCUGAAACUUCACUCCAAGGCGGUGAAAUUUACUAAAUAAGGGUGGUCAUCAUGUUGAUGAUGAAUUUCCAGUCGAAACACUCUUUGCGUACAUGUGGCAGUUGAGGAUUAGUUGGCUCAUUUAAGACAAGAGCUCCUUCAGAGUGACACCACUGGGUCGUUUAUUAUAUAAUUAUAAUGAUUUGUUUAUUUUUUAAUUUAUUUUUGUAUUAAAAUAAACAUUUGUGACUUGUA